GCAAAAAGGUCAUCAAAAUUGAAUUUCCUUUUAACAAAUAAUUUCUAAUUAAUUAAUUAAUUAAUUAAUUAAUCUUCUUUUAGUUUAAUUACCCGGUUCCGAAGCAAAUCCCGAGAAACUAUUUUCUUCGAGGAAUCCAACAUCUUCAAAAGAGCACUCAACCGUCAGAUCCAAACAUUCAUUGCCGUUUCGCAUCAUUUGCAACUUCCCGUUUUUUUUUUAAAAGAAAAAAACCCAUCAAAGUCACCGAUCUCAUCACCGUCAAUGAACUCUCGUGUUGUUUCCAUUGAAGACGUUGAUUGAUCCAGUGGAAGUUAGAGAAAACUUUGUGAUUUAGGGGUUGCUUAGUAUACAGGGGAGACUUAAAAAGAAAGUGCUUGUUUGUUUUGGUAUUGAUGGGGUUUUUCAGUACUAUUUUGGGUUUAUUUGGAUUUGGAGUUGGGAUUUCAGCGGGUCUUGUGAUCGGUUAUUAUCUCUUCAUCUUCUUCCAGCCUAGCGAUGUCAAGGAUCCUGAAAUCCGUCCAUUGGUUGAGCAAGACUCAGAGACUUUACAAGGGAUGCUUCCAGAGAUACCACUUUGGGUAAAAAACCCAGAUUAUGAUCGUGUUGACUGGAUAAACAAGUUUUUGGAAUAUAUGUGGCCUUAUCUUGACAAGGCCAUUUGCAUGACUGCCGAGAACAUUGCCAAACCCAUAAUAGAGGAGCAAAUUCCUAAGUACAAAAUUGAUGCCGUCAAAUUCAAGAAACUUACAUUAGGAUCUUUGCCGCCAACUUUUCAAGGUAUGAAGGUUUAUGUUACAGAUGAAAAGGAGUUAAUCAUGGAACCAUUAAUAAAAUGGGCUGGAAAUCCUGAUGUUACUAUUGCUGUAAAAGCAUUUGGGCUGAAGGCAACUGUCCAGGUUGUGGAUUUGCAAGUAUUUGCUCUACCACGUGUUACCUUAAAGCCUUUGGUUCCAAGCUUUCCUUGUUUUGCAAAUAUCUUCGUGUCCUUGAUGGAGAAGCCCUAUGUUGACUUUGGAUUGAAGCUUAUUGGGGCUGAUCUCAUGUCCAUACCUGGUCUUUACAGGUUUGUCCAGGAGCUCAUUAAAGAUCAGGUUGCAAACAUGUAUCUUUGGCCUAAAACCCUUCAAGUACCAGUUCUGGAUCCAUCAAAAGCUUUUAAAAGGCCCGUAGGAGUUCUUCAUGUAAAAGUUCUAAGGGCAUCGAAGCUAAAGAAAAAAGAUUUUUUGGGUGCAUCAGACCCCUAUGUUAAACUGAAGCUAACUGAGGAUAAGCUUAAUUCUAAGAAAACCACUGUGAAGCAUAAGAACUUGAACCCUGAAUGGAAUGAGGAAUUUGAUAUGAUCGUCAAAGAUCCUCAGACCCAGGCCUUAGAGCUUCAUGUUAUUGAUUGGGAGCAGGUCGGGAAGCAUGACAAGAUGGGAAUGAAUGUGGUUCCUUUGAAAGAACUUACUGCUGACAAGCCCAAAGGUUUUACCCUUGAACUUCUUAAAAAUAUGGACUUAAAUGAUGCCCAAAAUGAGAAGUCACGUGGGCAGCUUGAGGUGGAACUCACAUAUAAGCCCUUCAAAGAAGAUGAAAUGCCAAAAACUUUUGAGGAGUCAAAAACACUGCAGAAGGCUCCUGAAGAUACACCUGAUGGUGGAGGUGUGCUUGUAGUCAUUGUCCACGAGGCACAAGAUGUUGAAGGAAAGCACCACACCAAUCCGUAUGUGACAAUUCUCUUUAGAGGCGAGAAGAGAAAGACAAAGCACGUAAAGAAAAACAGAGAUCCAAGAUGGGAAGAGGAGUUCACAUUCAUGCUGGAUGAACCUCCUGUUAAUGAUAAAUUGCAUGUGGAAGUUCAAAGCAGUUCAUCAAGGAUUGGCCUGCUCCAUCCCAAGGAAACACUGGGUUAUAUUGAUAUCAAUCUUUCAGAUGUUGUUAACAACAAAAGAAUCAAUGAGAGAUACCAUCUGAUAGACUCAAAGAAUGGGCGGAUCCAGAUUGAGUUGCAGUGGAGAACUAAAUGAGAGCCAUUUCUUGAAUUCAUUCCCACACAUACAGAGAUACAAAGAAAGCCAUUUCUUAAUAUCUUAGAUCUGUACUCGAAAUUACUUCAUUGUUACUUGUUUGUUUUAUGUACAUUAAAUGAUUGUAACAAUAAUAAAUACUACUGAAAAUAGCACCAAAAAUGGAAGACUGGACAACCCCUUUUUUUUUCAUUUGAGCUUUGCUUUGUCUUUUAAAUUAAUUACAUUUUUCAAGGUUCAA